AUGUUGCGAGAAGCUCAAGCUCAAAAGGUUUCACAAGCAUUUGAUGAUGGUAAACUUGAAAGUGGCAAAGGAUUGAAUCAAGAGUUAAGUUUGGGAAGGUCGGGUGAUACUCGUUGGGGAUCCCACUAUAAACUGAUUGUGAAUGUUAUUUCCUUAUAUCCUAUGAUAUGCAAGGUUCUUGAUAAGAUUGGAGAUGUAUCUUCAAGUUCGGAUGACCGGCUAAAAGCGGAUGUUGUUGGUUAUUCACUUGAGUCUUUUGAUUUUAUAUUCAUGAUACAUUUGAUGAAGACUAUUUUUGGUGUGGCAAAUGAUUUGAACAACGCUUUACAAAGAAAAGAUCAAGACAUAGUUAAUGCUAUGGUGUUGGUGACAUUGACCAAACAACAACUACAACAAGUAAGAGAUAAUGGGUGGGAACCUCUCUUAAGUUCAUUCAUAUCCUUUUAUGAAAAAAAUUGCAUCAAAGCUCCUAAUAUGGAAGAUGUAUAUGUCCCGACAGGUAGAAAAAAACGUGGCAAACUACACACCACAAAUCUUCAUCAUUUUCGAGUUGAAGUAUUUGUUGCGAUCAUUGAUUUGCAACUUCAAGAGUUGAAGAACCGAUUUGACGAGGUUAGUAUGGAUUUACUUGUUAAUAUGGCUACUUUAAGCCCUGUUGAUGAUUUUAAAUCUUUUGAUAAAGAAAAAGUUAUUGCACUUGCAAAACUUUAUCCUAGUGAGUUUUCAAGUGUUGAAUUAGUUCGUCUUGGUGAUCAGCUUGAAAACUACAUCUACGAUAUGAAAAAAGACGACAGAUUUCAAGGAUUGAAGGAUCUUAAAGAACUCUCUAAGGAGAUGGUGAGAUCUAAUAAAGAUAAAGUUUUUGAUCAUGUCUAUUUACUUAUUAAGUUGGUGUUGAUCCUCCCGGUGGCGACAACUAGUGUAGAAAGAGCAUUUUCGGCAAUGACUUUUGUGAAGAAUAAGUUACGCAAAAGUAUAGGUGAUCAAUUAUUAAAUGAUUGUUUAGUAACUUAUAUAGAGAAAGAUGUGUUUUCAAAAGUUAGUGAUGAAGUUAUUGUUACUCAUGACCAAAAUAUAAGCAAUCGACGACAACAUUUGUAA